CGGCCGGGUCCGGCCCGGCUGCUCGGGCCCGGGAUGAGGUCACCGGCCGGGAAGCAGGGCGGCCGGCGGCGGAGGGGAGCGGCGGGGACCAUGGCGGACGGUAACGCGGACUGGAUGGGCUCGCUGCCGGCGGAGCUGCGCUCAUACCCGCUCUCCAACCUGGCUAUCCCCGGAUCACAUGAUUCCUUCAGCUACUGGGUUGAUGAGAAGUCUCCUGUGGGACCAGACCAAGCCACAGCCAUCAAACGUCUGGCCAGGCUUUCACUGGUUAAAAAGAUCAUGAAGAAAUGGUCAGUGACUCAAAACCUGACUUUCAAAGAGCAGCUGGAAAGUGGGAUCCGCUACUUUGAUCUUCGGGUAUCUUCCAAACCUGGGGAAACAGGACAAGAGAUUUACUUCAUACAUGGCUUGUUUGGCAUUAAAGUACGGGAUGGGCUGAAGGAGAUAAACACCUUUCUUGAGCAGCACCCCACGGAAGUCAUCUUCUUAGAUUUCAAUCAUUUCUAUGCCAUGGAUGAGAACCAUCACUUCUUCUUGAUCAACAGGAUCCGGUCAGCGUUUGGAUCCAAACUUUGUUGUGUUGAAUGUGUUGAAUAUGUGACUUUACAAUACAUGUGGGAGAAUAAAUACCAGGUUCUUAUAUUCUACCACUACCCUUUGUGUCAGGAAUAUCCCUUCCUGUGGCCAGGGAAUAAAAUGCCGGCACCGUGGGCUAAUACAACCAAUGUGCACAAACUGUUACAGUUCCUGGAGACCACUCUAGAGGAACGAAGUCGUUAUGGGACUUUUCAUGUUUCUCAAGCAAUCCUUACACCUCGAGUGAGAACUAUUGCACGGAACCUAAUUCGUGGUCUGAAGAACACACUUGUUCAUAGGAACCUGCCCAUGAUUUUGAAUUGGGUGAAAGCCCAGAAGCCGGGUGUUAAGGGUGUUAACAUAAUUACAUCAGACUUUGUGGAGCUGGUUGACUUUGCUGCUACAGUCAUUGCAUUAAACGACCUCCUUUUAGAAGAGGAUGAAUCUGCAACUAAAUCCUGAUUGCUACAUCCCACUUGUGCUCCUCAGUGGACAUCUUAAAACUACGCUAAAGUCAUACCUAUUAAAUGGCACCUGUUGUAAUAUCUAUGUGAAAGAAGCUUUCUAGAGGAAAUACAGUUAAGUAUCAAGUACAGCUGGCUCCUUUCUCCCACCCAUGUGUGGGUCUGAGUGGAACAGGAAUUGCUUUUGGAGUGCUGCCAUGGUUCUAUGUCUGUCUGUGGCUAUGUGUUUGCCUAAGUUGUGCACACAUCUGCUGCGGUAUCUGCCUGCCAACAAGAGGCUGGCCUCUGAGGCAGAUGUAAUGGAUGCUGGUGCAUGUCUCCAUGGUGACUGGACUCACCGUGCCCUGCUGUUUGCAUCCUCCUUACUUCUCCAGAGCAUGGCUCAACCAAGGAUUGCUGCUGAUCCCUUAGCAGUGGUGUGACCAGCCUGGCCAAUACAAUAUUUUCCUGGGCUACUUCAGGCAUAGCUGAGCUCAGCUGGAGGUUGCUGCUGUAUUUAUUACACUGGUUUAGAUGCUACCUCUUGACU